AUGAAAUUAUUAUUUACUUUAUUAUUAUUAGGUAUAGCUUCAAACUGUUGCUUUGCAAGUCUUGCAAAUCUUGCAAAUCAAUUUGUUAACUUUGAAGUUUUCAAUGAUCCAAAAUGUCAAGAUCCUAAUCCAUUUUAUGGCGUAGGAUUUUCAAUUGUUACUGAUACAUGCCUCACUUUUGAUGAAGUUUCAAGCAAUAAAUUCACAGUAGAUGGUUCUGUAAUCACUUAUCAAACUUAUUAUGGUGUCGGCAUUGAAAUAUGUAAUCAAACAAAAGGAUACCCAAUGAAAUAUACUGUUAAUUCUUGUAUUGUAUCAAAUGGUUUAACAAAUAAAUUAAAUUUAUGGCUUACUGCUACUGGAAAACAAUUUUUUUACAAAGUUUCUUUAUCAUCAAAACCAUUAAUUCAAAAAAAUUCAAUGGCUAACGUUUAUAUGGGUGAAAGUUGUCAAACUGAUAAUAUUUUAUUAGCUCAAAUUUUUGUUAAUGGUACCUAUGUUAAUAGCAAUGAUAAAGAAAUGAUUUAUUAUUGUGAUUCAAGUAAUCAACCAAUGAGUAUUUUUUGCCCAAAGAACAAACCAAAUUGUAAUGCACCAACCACUAAUUACGCAACUUGUGAAAUAACCCCUCCAUUUUAUAACUCAUCCACUUAUUAUACAUCUUCAUAUACUGCAUGCCAAAGUGGAACUUGCUCUGGUUCAGGUGGAUCACUCACUGGUUCAAGUGGAACAUCCACUGGUUCAAGUGGAUCAUCAACUGGUGGUAACUCUUAUAAAUCAUUUAUGGGUGUUAGUUCUAGUUCAAAUCCAAAUCUCUCCAGCUAUCUAACUUCAGGAAGUAGCAGCGGAUCAUCUGAAUCCCAAUCCAAAGGUAGUAGUAGUGAUAGUGAAGAAAGACAAUAUUACUAUUCAAAUAUUUGUUAUUAA